GGGGCUACAGCAACUGGAUGCCAGAAAGUGGCCGAUAGGGCUAUAUACUGCAUGACUACAUAGGUGGUUUUUAUAGUACUUUAUUUUGGCCUCCCUCUCAGCAGGUGUGAAAAAGGCCACCAUUUUUGAACGGUAGCGAGGGUCCAACAAGGUGGAUAGCCAAAAGUCAUCCCUCUGUCUGAUGUGUUAUUAUUCGGCUGUCGCUACGCAAGCAACCGAGCAUGCUAUGGGCCAUUUGUGCCAAGGAAUGCGAGGGACUCCCUGCCUCCAUCUCCACAGCAUACUGCCACAGUGCGUCUGGGUCCUCUGUCUCCUCCUCCUCCUCCUCUACCAGAUGCUCCUGCUCCUCCACUCCUGUCCGCUGAGUGGAAAAAACCACCCAUUUCACUCAAUAAUUCCUGAGCACCAAUGUCCUCCUCUACCUCCUCCUCUUCUUCCUGUCCUGCCCCCACAGGGGUCAUGUGGCGUUGAGAUCUGUGCGCCACGUCUACCGCACCCUGACCAGCCAUUGUUAACAGCAUUUGUUCCAGGAUGUGCAACAGAGGAAUGACGUCGUUCAUCCCAUAGUCCUGCCGACUCACGAAUAGCGUGGCCUCCUCAAAGGGCCUGAGCAAGCGGCAGGUGUCACGCAUGAGCUGCCAAUGGCUGACAUCGAAGUUACACAGGGGAGUACCUUUAUCCGCUUGUAACAUCAGGAAAUCGGUGAUGGCCUUUUGCUGUUCGUAAAGGCGGUCUAACAUAUGUAGGGUUGAAUUCCACCUUGUUGCAACGUCGCAGAUCAGGCGAUGCUGUGG